GUGCUCUGAGUGCUAGCAACUCCCCGACUUUCCUCUCCGGUGCCUUCCGUGUCCGCAGUUCCUCGGCGUCAGCAUGCCGGGUCCGACGCCCAGUGGCACUAACGUGGGCUCCUCAGGGCGUUCUCCCAGCAAAGCGGUGGCCGCGCGGGCGGCGGGAUCCACGGUCCGGCAGAGAAAAAAUGCCAGCUGUGGGACACGGAGUGCAGGCCGCACCACCUCUGCAGGGACUGGGGGUAUGUGGAGAUUCUACACAGAAGAUUCCCCUGGGCUCAAAGUUGGCCCUGUUCCAGUGUUGGUGAUGAGUCUUUUGUUCAUCGCUUCUGUAUUUAUGUUGCACAUUUGGGGCAAGUACACACGCUCAUAAAUUUGGCUACAUUCACCUGUCAUCUGAAGAAGAAGAAGGAAAAGACCCAACAUAUCUUGGACCAAAAUGUAGUGAUUUUCUGUUCACGUGUAUUAUUUUAUAGAGAACUUAACAAGAAUUGACUUUGAGAAAUGUUUUUUCUAUGUCUAAUAAACUUUGGAAUUGAUUUAUAUGGA